AGGCAUUGGGCGUGUCCCUGGAAGGGCUUAGGAAGCUGCUAGGUCGGUGUUGCUGCGGAGGGAGGCAGUGGGCGGCUUCAACGCUAGAUGGCACUGGAAAGAGAGUGGCCGCUCUGCUCUUCUCCGCUCUGCUCUCUGCUGUCUGCUGGCGUACCUUCCUCUCCCAGCCUGCACCUCUCCGCCACAGCUGAGGUUGUCCAGGAAGCCGUAGUCUCUGAGAAUCAGCUGCCUUGGGAGCCGGGAGAGAGACCCCAAGGCAAGGGGCCCAGGUUACUGAGCGAACGCCCCCUCCCCUGGACAUCUUCCGCCCCUCCCCUGGCCAGUGCCUGAGUCCAUCCUGAUCUGGGGUGAGCCAGCAGGGAUUUGGAGCUGGGAGGAAUUGGUUGGGUCCUUGCCCUGCCCCGCUUUCCAGAUCCGCUGAUUGACAGGUCCCCAUGGAAAUGAACUGGACGGAGGCUUUUGCCGGUGGGGUCUAACUGCUCUAGGGGGCCUCUUUGAGAGAUUUUUUUGGUAAUGAUUUUGACAAAGGAUGAAAAAUGAAAGGCCUGCCCCUGGCCUUUUGCAUUGAUCUGGACCCUUAUUCAAGGCUGUGAGAGCUUAAUUCCUCUGCCCUUUAUCCAGGUUCAGACUCCACCAAUUAAGACACUGAAUUCACUUCCCCAUCUGAAGCCCUAACUUAGGGUAACACCUCUAGAAUUCAUGAGCCCCAGGGAGGAACCUGGUAACUUCUGGGGACCAGACUGAGGGAGAAGGGACAGCUGUGUCCUUUUCACCCUGAAAACAGAGAACAUGCACCCUUCCCAAGAAACCCUGGCUGGAUCAAAUAGGAAUCACCUUUUGGGGAACCGGAAGCUGAUGGCCAUGGGAGCCAUGCUGGGAUGGCUGCUGAUGGUCCACUUGCUGGUCAAUGUGUGGCUACUGUGUCUCCUGUCAGUAUUGCUGGUGGCACUGGGUGGCUGGGUGGGCUCACAGGCUAUGAUGGGGGUGACUGGCCGACUGCAUUUAGAACGUUUCAUCAGCCUGCCAAGUUGCCCUCCCAGCCCUGAGGCUGAAAGCCAACUGGACCAAGAGAUCAACCACACCAUUCAGAAGAUUAUUCGGGACUUUGUAUCUUCCUGGUACUGCACUGUAAGCAGUGAGCCAGACUUUGAAGAGGAGGUGCGGGCAGCAAUGAUGGGCAUGGCCCAAGAGCUCCGGAGAAGAAUGGGAACGGUGGACAGGCAGGCUCUUACCCAAAGGGUUCUGACACUCUGUGGCUGCCACCUACAGAGUUACAUGAAAGCAAAGGAGGACACAGGGAGGUUAGGUGCACAAGCUGAGCCUUCUCAACUUUGGGAAGCAUACUGUCAAGCCACUUCCUCCCACCCUGCCGUACAGAGUCCCAGCACAGAGGUGAGCUAUGCCCGGGGCAUUGUGGAUCUGAUGCUCCAGGGACUGGCACCCAAGCCCCAUCUGGAGACCAGAACAGGGCGCUAUGUGGUAGUUGAGCUCAUCACAUGCAAUGUGCUUCUGCCCCUGAUUAGCAAGAUGUCGGAUCCAGAUUGGAUCCACCUUGUAUUGGUUGGUAUCUUUUCUAAGGCCAAAGCAGGAACAACUGAAGAGGCUGAGCCAGUCUGCCCAGCAAAGCAACCAGCCCAGCCCCCAGUGCCCAGGUCUUUGACACUGACUAUUCCAGUGGAAAAUUCGCCAGAGGUGAGAAUUCCUUCUCCUGCAGGAGCCAUGACACUACCAAAUUACAGUGGGUCAGAGGGGAUAGGGGGCCAUUCCCCAGAGGUGGAAGAAGGCCAAGAAGCUCUGGAAGGGGACUUGAAUGUGGACUCAGAAUGCAAAAAGUCAGGAAAUAAUGCAUCCCACUUUCUGCAGCCAGAUAGCAGGGGCCCCCUGUUCUUGUGUGAGGACUCAGAAUUGGACUCACCCCUUUCCGAUCUGGGCAAAGAUACAGAUUCUAUCAUGCUCAUGACUCCUAGUGACUUUCUCACUGACAGGCUUCAGGAUGCUUUAACUGCCCUGGAGGGUGGUUCAGAGGCUCUGGAGUCAGAGGAAGGAGAGGGGCCUGAAGGUACAGAAACUGAGGAAGGUCCAGAGGCAGACACAAGCUUGUUGGCCUCCAUGCUCAAGCCCUGCCCAGAAAUCCAGAUCAACUCAGUAGAGAAAGAUGAAGAACAAGACGAUCUCACCUCUCUGACAACUUUCCUGGAAGGGCAAGAGAGGACCUGUCUCCCUCGGCCUUCAUGCCUAGAGAAGGAUCUGACCAAUGGUGUUAGUCCCCUGGACCCCAGCCUGCCCCAGGUUUUGCUUUCUUCCUCCCCCACAGGUCCUCUAAACUCAGCCACCUUCAGCUUUGAGCCCCUCAGCAGCCCUGAUGGCCCAGUUGUCAUUCAAAACCUACGGAUCACUGGAACCAUCACAGCACGGGAGCACAGCGGAACCAGUUUCCACCCCUAUACUCUCUACACAGUGAAGUAUGAGACAGCCCUUGACAGUGAGAACAGCAGUGGUCUUCAGCAGGUUGCCUACCAUACUGUGAACCGUCGCUACCGGGAGUUCCUGAACCUGCAGACCAGACUGGAAGAGAAGCCGGACCUACGAAAAUUCAUCAAAAAUGUGAAGGGUCCCAAGAAGCUCUUUCCUGAUCUUCCAUUUGGAAACAUGGACAGUGACAGAGUAGAAGCCCGUAAGAGUCUUUUGGAGUCAUUCCUGAAGCAAUUGUGUGCCAUUCCUGAAAUUGCCAACAGUGAAGAAGUACAGGAGUUCCUGGCUCUCAAUACAGAUGCUCGAAUAGCCUUUGUCAAGAAACCUUUCAUGGUCUCGAGGAUAGACAAGAUGGUAGUGAGUGCCAUAGUAGAUACCUUGAAGACGGCGUUUCCUCGCUCUGAACCCCAGAGCCCUACUGAAGAGCUGAGUGAAGCAGAGACAGAUGGCAAGCCUCAGACAGAGGGCAAGAAGGCCAAUAAAUCUAGGCUAAGGUUUCCAUCUAGCAAAAUCGCUCCUGUAUUGAAUGUGACUGAAUCACAGGAGAAGAUCCUUUAUUGCCUUCGGGAAAGUAAUGUGGAGUCAGACAUCCUAUCCAUCUCUGGGAUGGAGUCAUUCAUUGAAAAGCAGAGCAAGUUCCUGGAAAUGCAGGCAGAAGACACCUUGGAAAAGUAUUCUGAGCAGAAUCCCAAACAAUGCACAGAUGAUUACAGUGGGAAAACCUCAGAUAAUGCUUCUUCACCUCCUGAUGAAAGCCCUAGUGACCAAGACGCAGAGACGGGAUUAGCUGACACAGCCCUGGACCUCCUUCUCUUGCUAAUGAUGGAACAAUGGAGAUGGCUAUGUACUGAGAAUAUGCAGAAGGCCCUUCAUCUUCUCUUUGGAACUCUGAUACAGAGGUGGCUCGAGGUGCAGGUAGCCAAUCUGACCUGCCCCCAGCGCUGGGUCCAGUAUCUCCGGCUCCUGCAGGAGUCCAUCUGGCCAGGGGGCACUUUGCCAGUGCUGCCGAAGCCUCUGAGAACACAGAAACAGAAGGAGGCGACCGAGGAGCAAGCUCUGCAGAGUCUGAUGGGAGUGCUGCCAGACUUGGUUGUGGAAAUCCUUGGAGCAAGCAAGUGCCGCCUAAGCUGGGGUUUGGUCCUGGAAUCUCUGCAACAACCGCUCAUCAACAGGCACUUAAUUUACUGCCUCUGGGAUAUCAUCCUGGAGUUUUUGGAUCUCCACACUUCAGCUGAGGAGUCUGCCACGACUACCCCUGCUCCAGAUACACCAGGUAAUUCCAGGAGGAUGGGAGUCUCCCCUUAACUGCGGAGCUCUCCUUACAAACAUUCUGGAUAAUACAAGAGAAAGCAGAAGGAGUUUCCAAGUGGUAACAUUCAGGAUAUCUCAGCUCCCUGGGAACCAGGAUGCUCUCAGCAAUUAUAUGAUGAAAACAAGAGUGAUGAAAAGCUUUGUGGCCUAGCUACUGUCUCCAGCAACCAGUUCUGUUAUUGAAAAAUGAUCACCCAAGUGUGCAAUUAGGGAUGAAUGUGUCACCUACACGCCCAUCCAUUUCUACAGUUCUUCAGCCUCAAUUGGGUUGCUAAUAAUUGGUGGGGCCUGAUUUCUUUAGAAAAAAUACUGGGAACUGAAGAAGAGGUAGAAUCAUAUAUCCUAUACAUAUAUUAUAUAUCCCUUUCUUUGCCAAUCCCUACCAUGCAAGAUCGACACCUGACUACCACUUGGCCUUAUGCAACUCCUUUGCCCCAUGGAUUCUGGGCAAAGCAUGAGAAAACUACCACCAUGUCAUCUUAGGGAAGAGACUGCUUGCCUUUGAGGCUUUCCCUUCUCCUGAAAAGAAAUCAGGACACAGGACAAUGACAUCAAGUAGCAGGGAAAGUGUAUUCUGUUGUCCCACUUGGUUUCUUCUCUCACUUCUGAAUAGGAGAGAGGAAAGGUCUUUUAACUGACUGCUAUUGAUAUCUUGGCCAAGCCCUGAUGCAUAAGUCUUCUAAGAGAAGACACAAAAUCAACUCCUUAGACAGCAGCAUUCUUCCUGUCCUGAACUUCAGGUGAAAGCCUUGAGGGUUCCUCUCCUUUCACAUCCUUCUCGUGGGACCUACCCUUCAGCUUUUAUUUUUCAUUCCUUCCUCCUCAAAAGUUGGGAGGAUAUUCAAGUUUCAUCUACCUGAACUGGAACAAUGGGUGGAGAGGAACCUGCAGCUUCAACUUCCUAGACCAGCUCUUGAGAAGAGAAAGUAAAAGGAAUCUAGAUCUCCUUAUCUCGAGACAUUUAAGGAAUUGCAUCUAAGGCUAUGGGUCUCUGGCUUUGCUGGCUUCUAAAGGGUACACAUCAGGACACAGCAUUAGGAACCUUUUUAUUACUCUGCAAAAGUUCUUCACUUUUUAUCUACAGGUAAAGAGAUAGAUCUGACCUCAAAUUUAUUUCCUUCAAUUAACUAAAAGGCACUAUGACAGGAUGCAGCUUUUAAAAAAGAGGAAAGUAAAAGAGAAAUGAGGCAGAGGGAAAAGUCACAGAGGGAAGGGUUAUAGAUGUAGAAUUUAGAAGCAAACUCAGAGGCUGUCCAUUCCAACCUCUUGAUUUUAUAGAUGAGGAAAUGGAAGUGACCUAUCUAAGAUCACCAAGGUAGGAAGAGUCAGUCACUACACAUUAGAGGAAAGAGUAUGUUAUAAGUAAUUUAUGAAGCCAAAGAUUUGAGAAAAUAUUUCUCUGCCCCCUUAGUUUUGCUUGUGCACAUUGGCAUCCUUAUAUCAAUCAAAUCAGUGGAAAACAUUUCUUCUCUGUUAUCUGUAAGAUCAUCUAACUUGGCUCAGUCUUGGGAGCUUAGAAUGAGAAGGACAUGAAAGGACAUGAAUGCAUAUCAAAGUUAUUAGGUAGAGGAUGGAUUGCAUAGGAAAGUGGGAGGCUAUGGAAUCUCUUUUGGUGGAAGUUUCAAACCAUCCAUUGGAUUUUUGAGCUGGCUGAGAUUGUUUUUAGAUGAAAUCCUGCCUGACAUUAAGGAGACUAGAUGAGAUAACUUCAGUGUCCUUCACACAAUGGACAUUUAAUAAAGGUUUGUUGAUUGUAAUUGAAUUAAGGCCCUUUCCAGGUCUAAGUGUAUUAUGACUGCUAAGCAUUCUCAGUCUCCCCAAGGCCUCUGCCACCUAAAGCUAUUUCACUGAAAAGUAGCUAUGGCCAUUUCCUUGCUAAAUGUCUGUCCAGGUAUGGGAUGGGCCAGGACAUUCAUCCCAACUUCCUGGAGCUUCUCUUCCUACAGCUCUUUCACUCAGAGGCCAAAAUUGCUGCUUUGGAAAGUUGGAGGUGGCCCCAUCUUCUGCUUUUCCCAUUGACACAUGCUUUCCCUUCUAUGUUCUUGGCCACCUGUUCUACCAUGCUUCUCUGGGCAGCCAGCCACAAGUUGGGUGCAUGUCAAAUGACCAGUUCCAGCUUACACGUGGCACAAAAUCAAUAAAUAACUGGACAGACCAUAAAUUGCCUGUGGUUGUAAAUUCCUAAGAAUCUUAAGUCGCUUCCAGGGCUGGGGAGGGCUUCCUUGGGCACCACCUUAUAUAAGAAAUGCCUGCCUCUUCCCCACUUGCCCCAGAGAGACAAACUGUCCCCAGUCCUACUCUUUGCCCAGGAGGCAAAUGAAUGAUAAUGACAAAGGAAAAAGUCCAUGGGGUUUCUCAAACAAACCAGCCAGGUUUCAGGGAGCAAGUUCAGGCAGCAUGGGAAGUCUUGUACCUGGGAGAGAUGCCACAAAUAUGUGGAGCAGACCAGUUCAGCUUGGAGUUUGUCUUGCCUUGUACUUUUUAAUUGUUCACUUCAGGGAACUAUGUUGAAGGAUUGCAGAAACUGAGGAAAUGACCUUGGUCCCUAGACCAUUCAGAUUUAGAGUUAGAACAGUUAUCAAUCUAAUCCUCUAGUUUUUUCAGAGGAAGGAACUAAGUCCCAGAGACCCAAAAUGUUUUUUGAGCACUUAAGAUAGAAUUCAAUGAAGCCCUUUCUUGAAAUAUGCAAAGCAUUGUGGGAGAUGCAAAGACAAAGAAGAUACAAUAGAUAAUCACUACCAUCCACCACCAUCAACUAUCUCCUAUCCCUACUCUCACCCCUGGAGUCGAGUGGAUCACAGCUGCUGAGGAGAGUGCAAAAUGGUAGAAAGAAUGAUAAACUCAGAGUCCUGGAGCCAGAGUUCAAAUACAUGUUCGGCCACUUACUAACUACCCUGGGCAAGUCCUUCACCUUAUUGGGCCUCAGUCAAAAAAAGGAAGGCAUUGGACAGGUUAACUCCUAAGUUUCCUUCCAGGCGGAUCUAAGAUCCAGUAGCUAGGUUUCAUUGUUUCUUCCUCUCCAGAUCAUUUCCACUUUCAUCAUGUUCCUUAGCUGUGUCUCCAUGGUCCUCAGCCUUAUGGCUAACCUCUGUCUCAGUUAUCCCUCUUCCAACCAUCCAUUGCUUUUUCAGUAAGGAGCAAGAGAUGCGUUGCCCUAGGAAAAUACAUCUCACAUAAUCCAUUAUUGGAGCAUUCUGAAAUUCAGCAGCCCCCACAGAACAUGUGUCCUUUCCUGAGGGCUACUAUGCAGAAGAAUACAGUGUAUUUUCACAGGGCAAGCAAAGGCAAGAAUCGCUGCUAACCCUGUUCGAUAGAGAAGGAAACAGGAGCUAAUGGAAAAGAGGUAUAGGAGUCGCUCAAGAGCCAACCUUGUGAGCACAGCCAUGUCUUGUCCCCUGUGCUUUCUUGACGUCUGAGGUCAUGGAACUAUGCUGGUCCUCACUGGCAGUAACUGGCAUCCUCUGCUUUGGACUGAUAAGGAACAGAAUGAGAAGAUUGCUGCCCAUACUAAUGACAGAGAUUUCACUGGUGCUGGAGGUGAUCCAUCCAUUAUCCUAUAGCCCAAUCUCUCUCCUUAACCCCUGAAUCCUCUGCUGGUGAGUAAGAAAGUCCUCAUGUGUUUUGUAUUAUUCUACCCCAGUGGUAGGUAGAAACGGUCAGAAUGCACAUGCCCAGCAGAUCCUGACAUUUGAAGUGGCAGCUUCACUUUGGAAUACACCAUUUUUCUCAGUUCUAGUGAGUCCUUCACGAUGCCCACUCGCCCAUCUCCAUCUCUAACCUGGCAGCAUCCUAACUCCAGCCUGCUGAAUGGGAUGAUGCAGAGAAAAGAAGGAAGCAGAAAAAUGCAUUUACCAGCACAUCCAAACUGGGCUCUUUUUGAAUUUCUUGAUUCCAACUUCCCUCGCUUGAGGUUCUGUUUAAAAAAUCAUCCGAACGCUCCCUUUAUUUUGUUGUUGAUAUGGCUAAUGUUGUUUGUAUUGUUGUGUUGGGGGUGGGGGGGUAACUUAAAACCAAGUAAUGCCUCCAAAGUAGAAAGUUGGUGAAGAUUCUCACUUGUCCAUGUAGGAUCACUAGUGGCAAAUUUAAAAACCCAAGCUAGUUCUACUGUGCUCCACCAGUCAGGAUUUGUUCAUGGAAUAUAAACCUCAAAUUGGCAUUAGCCAACUUAUAACAUGAUUAGCAAGGCAAGUGUGCAAUUGAAUAAAACAUGCAUAUUUUUUCUGUGUCGCCUUUAUACCAUGUUCCAAGAGUCUUAGUGCAGCUUUAAACUUUGAUAGGUUCAAAAAUUUAAAUGCUACAACCUUACAAAAAGCAUUUGAAAAUUAUUUAAAUUUUGAAGGAAUUACCUGCCCCUCAUAAAACUUCAACCUAAUCAGUUUCUUGUGUUGCUAUACAUCACUGGUUGAUUUUUGAACUUUGUAAAAACUUUCAUCUGUUGCUCAGUGAUUGAAAGGACUGCAUUAAGAUCAUUCAAAUCAUGAGGUUUGAUGUAUCUAUGACCAUUUGGAUCGGACUCCAUGAGACAAUAAAUCUAAUGGAGAUAAAUGAAAUGAGUGGGAACGCCAGUGAAGAGGAGAUCUCAUAUUGAUUCCAUGAAUUUGAAAAUGUUGCUCAGAAACUGAUUCACCCUUAGCAUGUCUUCUUAAAAUUCACAUUCAAAUAUUCUUUGAAAGUCACCUAACAAAAUAAGUGUAAAAUAAAUAUAAAUAAGUAUAUUUUAAAUGAUUUUUGCUCAUGUGUAGCCUUUAUAUUUCUGAAAUUAUUAAAGCUUAAAACUUCACGGGGACUUUUUGGGAUAUCACAUAUACGUGUGUGUCUACAUAUAUACAUAUAUGUAGGUCUGGGUUUUGUACAUACAUAUUUAUGUAUUCUCCAUUAUGCACUAAGAUUUAUAGGACAACAUGUAUAUGUGUUUGUGUGUGUAUAUAUAUAUAUGUGUGUGUGUGCGUGUGUGUGUGUGUGUGCAUUGUACAUACAAAUGCACUUUAGAAUUCUCCAUUAUGCACUAAGAUUUCUGGGAUAACAUGUAGAUAAGUAUAUGUUUGUAUGGGUAUAUGUAUGUGUGUGUGAAUCUGCCUUGAGCAUACAGAUGUUUCUGUGUGUUCUCCUCCAUUAUGAUGUAUAACUGAGGACUAACUAAAAAUCGAUACAGAAGCAAGGACCAGGCAAGGCAAACCAAAAAAAUCCCUUCCUGUAAAUCCAUUGAUAUGGAGACUAAUGUCCUUUACAUGAGACCAAGCCUACUUACCUUGGAUUGAAUUGGAUUUGGAGAUCUGGAGUCAAUCACCCACAUUCCUUCCUGAUAACUGCCAGUCAUAUCACCACUUUGCUGUGUCUGCUCUUGAAGUAUUGUCUCAUCCUUGCAGCCAUGAAGAUUAUUAGUGACUUAGUGAGAUGGCCCCAUUCCGUAUCUUGCUAUUAGUGAAGAGAGACCAUUUUAAGAAAAUAAAUAUUCUUUUGGAGUUUAUAUCCUUUACAAAUCCUACCCAUCUGGAGUCCCAAUUAAAGCUGAAAAUGUGCCAGUUCCUAUCCAGCUUCAUGUGGUUUGUGAUGAAAGUUUGUCUUUUAUUGUCUAUAAUUCCAAAUGACUCAAUAAUAGUCAGUGCUGCUUUUACUUGGACUUCGCCGCCCUCUAAGAGAUUCAUUAAUAGCCCACUGAUCUUUGUUUUAGAAUAAAGACUUUCUUUCAAACUAAAA